AUGGAGGUCACUAGUCAGUGUGCAGCUCCUCCACCCCUCACGCCGGAGCGUGCUGUAGGUGAAUUCCUGCUGUACUCAUGCGUGGUGCUCUGGGUAGUUUUGGGUGUGCCCCCGUUGUGCCCUCUGCACCCGCUGUUCUUAGCGCUCGUGCUGACUGCAGCAGGGCUGGGCAUUCUCAAAGGGACGCCGGACUUAUUCGUGUCGUCGUAUUCCCAGCCUUCCAGCGGCGUCGUCACUCCCGUCAGCCGCCUCGCGUCCCGCUCGGCCAGCCCCGGCGGUGCCACGGGCCUCUCCACCGAGCACAGCUCCAUCUACUCCUGGAGAUAUGAUGAGUUUGACCGGGCAAACACCCAGCGCGUGCGUCAGCUCUUCUGUGAUGUGGAUGAGCUGCUGUAUGAGGGUAAAGUGAGCAGUAAUUCUGAGGGGCUUCAGGAGGAGUGUGAGGAAUGGAAUGGACACUCUCCACAUCUCAGAAUUCUGGGUAAUCAGCUGGAGCCACCCAAGGAGGAAGGAUAUGAGUAUGUCCACAGGAGAGCCUGUAUCAGGCAGACUGAAGCCUCAGCCCGCUGCCUGGAGACCAGGGAGGACAACAGAUUAGAGCUUUAUGUGGAGGGUCGCAGACUGGCCCCGGGCGUCUGUCCUGCACGGAGCGUGUUCAGCUCCACAAUGGCCUUGCCGGAACAUUCUCUGGCCGGCUUCCAGGAGGAAGAGGUGUACGAGGCAGAGGGCAGGAUAGAGGAAUUCCUAGCGUACGACGUCAGGGAAACGGAGGAUGAGUGGGUGGAUGAGAGCAGGAUUUCGGCUCUUGCCCCCAGGGGUGGAAUCCCUCCAGUGUCCCCCCACGCCUGUAUCCGGGACGCUGUUGCAGACGAGGUGUUUGAUGAUGUUUGGCGGGGGGUGGUGAGCUUACUGGGGGAGCUCCUCUACAAACAAUGGGACAGUGAACUCACUGGUUUGUCAGCCCAGGGGAGAAGUAUGGAGAAUUGUAGCCAAAUUCUGUGCGAACCUUCAUCGCACCCGCCGGUCAGAGGUCAUCCCUUCCCCCCGUCCCGAGGUUCAAGUACAAGGAGCAUGUUCCUCUGGUCCAAUGGCAACUCCACACAAGAUUCGAGUACCCUCAAGAUGAAUUUAAAUGGGGUUAUGACAAUCCAAGCAAUACCACUUCAACAAAGGCAGCACGGAUUUAAUGAGAAGCCCAUGAUGCAGUCUCAAAGAGGAGCGAGUGGACUCUCACGCAGGCCCUCCCCCCAGAUAAGACUACCAGGACUCCGGGGCAGAACCGGCCCCUGUCAUGCUCACGCGGUCCACAGUAACCAGGUCCUGCGAGGAUCCCGACUAUCCACGGUGGCUGAGAGAUUGCCGUCUCUGCCGGUGAGCGCGGCGCAAACUCAGAGGCUCCCGCAGAUCCAGACGGACCUCUCAGAACCCGACUACAGCGGGCCUGUCCCCCGACACACACAGCACAGAGGGAGGUUCCUGAGAGGAGGCAUGGCCAGCGUGAUGCAGCCAAUCGGCAUCCUCCCACCCCUGAGAGAGCCUACCCUGAUGCUGGAGUCCCUGUCCAGACCAAACACCACACACUCAUACAGGUCCGACACGCCCUUGAAGAGGUCUUUCACGCCCAUGGAUUUUGCCAGCCAUGUGAGGACAGGCAGAACUCUUGUCACAGGUGACCGCUCACAGAUGGGAGUGACUGGAUUCAGUGUGGGGAUCACCUGCUCCACAGCCAGCGGAUUCUCUGAGUGCUCCAUCCCGCUCAGGAGGCGCGUUAACAUCACCUCCUCCACCGACGCUGAUGGGGGAAACACAGCUCUACUCAUAGGUGCUCAGUAUCAACGGAGAGCUGCCAGUCGGUUUCCCCUUCACGGAAAAAAGAAACUUCAGACUGUGAUGCCAUAGCACAGGAGCCGUGUUUGCGUGUGGCAGCGAGACAGGGCGCUAACUGGACUGCAUACACUGGACUGUAAGACUGUUUAAGACAACGAAGGUGCUUUUAUGUUUUGAACCCGUCAUACGUAACCUCAGCAUCUGAUGUGCACUAGGACCUGGUGAUCUAUGCCUAAACCUCAGGUCCAACUCUUGACUGCAAGGGACACCGCCCAAACGCAUAAUGAACAACCCUCAUUCUCUGAAU